AUACAGGGCCGUAGCCAGGGGGGGGCAUUAUGGGGCAAUGCCCUACCUUUAAUUUUCAAUGCCCUACCUUAAAAAAUAGUAACAAUUUAAAUAAUAUUCAAAGGAAAUUUCAUUAUGUGACGUGAGGAAAAAAUUAUCACUCGCAAAUCAAUUCUGAAUUAAUCACGAGUUGUUAGAGAUUGCGAACUACAUCAAUAGAGUGCACCGUGGUCAUUGUAUAUAUACAGCACGCUGUAUUUUCAGAAGCACCUCAUGUGCUUAUUUUCUUGAUUCCGCACAUAGAUGGCAUUUGAAGUAUGUAUGGGACCUGUACUGGAAUAUACGCCCCUUGGUAGGGGGAUCCCCAUAUAACCCAAAAUAGAGUUUAGCGAAAUAAUUGUUUGUUUAUUGAAGUGAAGUGAAGUGUUGAUUGACUCAUUUAGCGAUGGAUAUAAGGACUUUCUUUACCAAAAAACGAAGAGUUGAAGAGGGAAUUCAUCACGAUGAACCCCAUUGCUCAAAACCCACUCCUAGUUCUAUGGAAACUAGUUUGGCAAAACAGGUUGGUAGAAAUAGAAUUAACUAUGGUAUUCCUUCGGAUAUUGCACGAAUCGGAGAACCGAUAAAACAAAUUAUUUUAAAUAUAUAUCCCAAAGAAAAUAAUAGGGCCUUUGUUGCGGAUUGGUUUAAGCGAUAUAAAUGGUUGCAGUAUUCGGUCGAGAGAGAUGCUGCUUUUUGCUAUCCUUGUCAACAAUUUUUACCCCAUGGAAGCAAACAAAGUUCUUAUACUUCCACAGGAUUCAGAAACUGGAAAAAUGCCAGUGAUACAAGAACUGGGUUUCCAAAACAUGAGAAAUCAAUUCCUCAUACACAAGCCAUGGCGAUGUGGCAAGACAAACUACGCAGAAUAUCUACAGGUAGCAGUGUCGAAACUUUGAUAAAUCAUGAAGUUUUAGAAAAAAACCGGUAUUACAUGAAAUCAAUUGUUGAAGUUAUACAAUUUUUAGUUGUCAACGAGUUAGCUUUGCGAGGAAAUUAUGUUUUGGAGGAAAAAAAAGAACAAGGAUUAUUUCAGAAUUUAUUUGAAUACACGUGCAUGAAAGAUCCGAAUUUGAAGGAGGCUUUCAGCCAUAUACCACAAAAUGCGACAUAUCAUUCACCGGAAAUUCAAAACCAAAUAAUUCAAGCAAUGGUUCAAGUAGUACAGAACUCCAUUGUCAAAGAUAUCAAGGAAUCUGACGUGAAUUGGUUCACUCUAAUGGAAGAUGGAACGAGGGAUAAGAAUAAUCGUGAAAAUAUUGCUAUAGCAAUACGUUACGUUAAGGAUGGAAUCGUCAAUGAGUCGUUGCUGACAGUUACAACAACUGAACAUCUUGAUGCAGCAACAUUUACCGAAUUAACUUUAAACACUCUUACGAAAAAUGGCAUUGAUCUCUCCCGUAUGCUAAGCCAAUGCUAUGAUGGAGCAAGUGUUAUGAGCGGAAAAGUUUCAGGAGUUGCGACUAGAAUAGAGAAUCAAUUGGGCCGAAAAAUUCCUUAUGUCCACUGUUAUAACCACCGCUUACAUUUAAUAGUUAUCAGGACUAUCUCUGAAAUGACUUUCAUCCGUUUAUUUUUUGAUCAAUGCAUCAUGUUACAUGAGUUCUUUCAUCAUGGAAAAAUAGCUGCAAUGUAUGGUGGAAAAAUAAUUGGCAGAUUACUCGAACAACGUUGGUCAGGACACUUGGCGGUUACAAAAGUUGUAAACGAUAAUUAUUCAGAGAUUUUGCUAACUUUAGAUAAAAUGAAAAAUGACAGAUUCAAUGGUGACGACGUUGCCAAGAGUGUCGGCAUCAAAAAAAUUAUGCUUAAUUUGGAAUUCCGAAUGGCUAUGGUUGUGGCCAAAAAAAUACUAUCCAUGCUUCAGCCUGCAGAUGCAAGUUUACAAGCCCGAAGCGCAGGAUUGAAAGACGCCCUAAUAAUCAUAAAUUGCGUCCAAAAUGAAAUCACAAAAUUGAGAACAGAUGAAAUGUAUCAUCAAAUUUUGGAAGAAGCUAAAUCUAUGACAAGCAUUGAUUCUGAAAAUAGGACUCACACCCAAAAAAGGCAAGUCAGAAGAUCUAAUCGCAUGGAUGACUACUUGAUGUUUGACUCUUCCUGUUCCUCAACGAAACAAAAUGAAGAAGAUCAACCAUUUAAAUCUGAGUAUUUCGAAACAUUGGACAUACUAGUUGCUGAAUUACAGAGAAGGUUUUCAGACAACGAUGAUCUGUUAAAUUCUGUAGCGAGUCUCGAUGAGUUGGAUGUGAACAAAAUGGAACCUUUGAAAAAUUUAGGUAUAACAAUUCCAUCAAAUGAAGAGGCUACAGUGGUUAAAGCUUAUUUGAGUCGUCGUGAGGAUAAAACAGAAGACAUAGUGCAAGUUUUGUACAGACAGCGAGAGGCUUUCAAAGAUACAUAUGAACUCUUUGCAUCUGUGGCGACCAUAGGAUGUAGCACUGCUGUUUGUGAAUCUACUUUUUCAACCUUAACUGCAAUCAAUAGACCUCAGAGGCUGUCAAUGAGUCACGAAAGAAUGGCAGGCAUGGUAUUUCUGGCCUUUGAAAAGAGAAGGACUCAGUCUGUUGAUCUGAAUGAAGUCCUUCGCAUAUUUAAUAAUAUGACAAAUCGAAGGAUUCAGCUGUUUUGAGGAAGUUUUUUAUCAUCAUUAUAUUAAUCACAACAUGUUGAAAGAAAUAAUAUAAACUGAAGAAAUAAAUAUUUUUAUAUAUA